AUGAGUGGGAUCGAUAGCACAACCAACUUCUUUGCAAGGAACCGUACCGUCAUCGCAGUCACUGCCUUGGCCGGGCUCUCUGCUGCCGGUGCUUACUACUACUUAAACCAACCAUCAGCUGGCGACGCUCCUGAUGCUGGCAAGAAGAAGAAAAACAAGAAGAAGAAGGCCAAGAAGGCCGGUGAGGACUCUGGCGCCAACACCCCAGCUCCUGCUGAAAAGGAAGAAAAGACCCGUGUCUACCCUGUCAAUGCUCAAGGCUUGCCAGAAGUCAGCGACGAAGUGAUUAAUGGUUUGACCGAGGCCCAAAAGGAAGAAUGGGCGUUGGCAUUGAAGGAAGACGGUAACAACGAGUUCAAGGCUAAGAACUACGACGAUGCCAUUGCCUACUACACUGUUGCCUUGCAAAUCAAGAAGGACCCCAUCUUCUACUCCAACCGUUCUGCCUGUUACGCAGCAUUGAACGAUCACGAAAACGUCAUCAAGGACACCACCGAGGCCAUCAAGAUCAAGCCAGACUACACCAAGUGUGUCUUGCGUCGUGCAACCUCCUACGAAACCAUCGAGCGUUACGAGGAUGCCAUGUUCGACUUGACUGCAUUGACUAUCUACGGAGGCUUCAGCAACAAAUCCAUCGAACAAGUGUUGGAAAGAGUCUUGAAGAAGCACUCUAUCAAGAUCGUUGAAUCCAAGCCAAAGACCUUCAACUUGCCCUCGGCCUCCAUCAUUGGCUCUUUCUUCGGUGCUUUUGUUGAAGAAACCACCCCUGAAGGUAUUUCUGAACAAUCCGAAGGUGCUGACAAGUUCUUGUACGACGCCUUGGUCAACAUCAACAUCAACACCCAAGAAGGUUACGAACAAGCCGACACCUUGUUGAACCAAGCCCUUGAAGCCUACAACAUUGAAGAAUUGUCUCCCGAAUCUCCUCAAGCCGGACCUGCCUCUAUUGCCUUAGAAUACUCCGCUGCCUUCAGCUUCUUGAAGAACCAACCCCAAGAAGCCGCCAGCGGUAUCAACAAGGCUAUUGCCUUGAAGCCAAGACCAAGAUCAUACAUCUUCAGAGCUUUAAUCAACGCCGACAAACAAUCUUACGAUGAUGCCAUCAAGGACUUUGCCAAGGCCCAAGAAAUGGACCCAGAAUGCCCUGACAUCUUCUACCACUUGGGUCAAUUGCACUACCUCACUGGAGACAUGGCCAACGCUGAAGUCAACUUUGUUAAGGCCAAGUCCUUGAACCCAGAAAACGUCUAUGCUUACAUCCAAUUGGCCUGUAUAACCUACAAGAACGGAUUAUUCGACUCUGCUAUUGAAAAGUUCACCGAAGCCAAGUUGAAAUUUGCCACCUCCCCAGAAGUCCCAACCUACUAUGGUGAAAUCUUAGCUGACCGUGGUGACAUUGAGGGUGCUUGCAAACAAUUCGACAUUGCUGCCAGAUUACAAGAAAGCUUGAAGACCUUCUCUGUCGGAAGCUUGCCACUCAUCAACAAGGCCACCUGUAUCUCUAGAGAAAGCUUAGAAAGAAUGCCAGAGGCUGAAGAAUUGUUGGUCAGAGCUUGUGAAUUGGAUCCUAAGUCUGAAUUGGCCAAACUUUCCUUGGCUCAAAUCAAAUUGCAACAAGAAAAGGUGGAUGAAGCCAUUGAAUUGUUUGAAGAAUCCACCGACUUGGCUAGAAACUUCGAAGAAAAGGUUCAAGCCACCUCCUUUGCUGAAGCAACUAAGAUGCAAAAGAGAAUCAGAAACGAUCCUGUUUUGACCAAGAAGAUUGCUGAGGUGAUGCAACAAAGUGGUGCUAUUCCAUACUAG